AUGCUGGUUCUUUUCGAAACGCCCGCCGGCUACGCCCUCUUCAAGGUUCACAAUGAGGGCAAGCUCCAGGAAGCCAACAUUGCCAAGGAUUUUGCCACCCUUGAAGGAGCCCAGAAAGUGGUGUCGCUGAAGGCCUUCCAGAAGUUCGGCAACACGACCGAGGCGCUCGCGGCCACGACUGCCAUCGUGGAGAGCAAGCUGGGCAAGGAUCUCAAGAAAUUCCUGAAGAAGCAGGCCAAGGGCGAGCAGCUGGGUGUCUCCGAUCCCAAGCUUGCCGGCAUCAUCAAGGACAAGAUCGGCGUCCAGUGCCUCCACAACAGCAUGGUCAACGAACUCCUCAGGGGCAUCAGGCUCCAGAUGACCGAUCUCAUCACCGGUCUCGGCGAGGGCGAGCUCAGCAACAUGGUGCUCGGUCUUUCUCACUCCCUCUGCCGCUACAAGCUCAAGUUCUCUCCCGACAAGGUUGAUCACAUGAUCAUCCAGGCCAUCGCACUGCUCGACGAUCUGGACAAGGAGUCCAACACCUACGCCAUGAGGGUGAAGGAGUGGUACGGUUGGCAUUUCCCUGAGCUGGCCAAGGUUGUGAACGACAACAUCCUGUUCGCCAAGUGCGUGAAGGCCAUGGGCACUCGCGACCACGCUGCCGCCACCAGCUUCGCCGGCAUCCUGCCCGAGGAGACCGAGACCGAGGUCAGGGAGGCGGCCAAGAUCUCCAUGGGUACUGAGAUCAGCGAGGAGGAUAUCCUCAACAUCCAGGACCUGUGCACGCAGGUGCUCGACAUCUACGAGUACCGCACGCAGCUCCACGACUACCUCAAGAACCGCAUGCAGGCCAUCGCUCCCAACCUGUCCGUGAUGGUGGGCGAGCUCGUCGGCGCUCGCCUCAUCGCUCACGCCGGUUCGCUCAUCAACCUGGCCAAGUACCCCGCCUCCACCGUUCAGAUCCUCGGUGCCGAGAAGGCCCUCUUCCGCGCCCUCAAGACCAAGCACGAGACUCCCAAGUACGGUCUCAUCUACCACGCCUCGCUCGUCGGCCAGGCUGCCCCCAAGGACAAGGGCAAAAUCUCUCGUCUUGUGGCCUCGCGUUCGGCUCUGGCCAUCCGUGUGGACGCCCUGGGCGAGAACGCCACGCGCGAGAUCGGCGAGGAGGGCUACCAGAAGGUGGAGCAGCGCCUGCGGUUACUCGAGGGCGGCCGUGCUCACGUCAGCGCGAGCAAGGGCCGAACUCAGCACGUCCCUGCCUACGAUCACACCAAGUCAGCCAAAUCGCCUGCCGCUCCCAGGUCGUCGUCCACCUACAACGAGGCCGCCGAUAACACCAUGAAGACCGAGACUACCACGUCGACGACACCCAAGAAGGAGAAGAAGGAGAAGAAGUCCAAGAAGGACAGCGACGAGAUGGAGGUGGUCGAGAAGUCCAAGAAGGACAAGAAGAAGGAGAAGAAGGAAAAGAAGAAGGGCAGCAAGAUCGAGGACGGCAAGAAGAAGAGGAAGAGGGACGACGACGAGGACACCAAGUCCGAGAAGGAGAAGACGCCCAAGAAGGACAAGAAAAAGAAGAAGAAGAAGACCGAGUAA